AUGGUAAUGCCGGUACUAGCUAGAUUCACUUCUAUUUCAAGCUCUCCACUUCCAGAGGACAAACUAUAUACUGAGGAGGAUGCUGAUGGUGGUGACAUUUUCUUUGACCGGAGCAAAGUAGAAGACGAUGUCAGUGAAAAGAAAUAUGAUGUUUUCUUGAGUUUUAGAGGUGAAGAUACCCGCAAAAACUUCACAGAUCAUCUCUAUGAUGCUCUAAAUCGAAGUGGAAUUAUCACUUUCAGGGAUGAUCCAAAGAUGGAUGCCGGUGAAGAGAUCGCACCACAACUCUUCCGAGCCAUUCAACAAUGGCAUUUAAAUAACAGGCAUGAAUCAGAUUUUAUUGGAGAUAUUGUUAGAACAAUAUCAGCAAAAUUAUGUCAAACAUAUCCAAUUGUUCAUGAUGAGUUGGUUGGAAUUAGUUCACGCUUGGACGAGUUGCAUUCCAAAAUAGAGAUUGGGGAAGAUGACAUCCGCAUCGUAGGAAUUUGCGGAAUGGGUGGCAUCGGUAAAACAACUCUCGCAAGAGUUGUUUACUACCAAAUGUCAUCUCAUUUUGAAGGUAAAUGCUUCAUUGCCGACGUUCGAGAAGUUUCAGACAAAUUUGGACUCGUUUCUCUACAGAAACAACUUCUUUUCCAGAUCUUGUCUGGUGAAGUCUUCGAAUUUUUCAAUGUUCAUGAAGGGAAUGCCAUAAUUAGCCGCAGAUUAUCUAACAAAAAGGUCCUUUUUGUGAUUGAUGAUGUGGAUAAUUUACAGCACUUGAAAUGCUUGGUUGGAAGGCAUAAUUGGUUCGGUUUAGGAAGUAGAAUCAUUAUAACAACAAGAGAUGAACACUUGCUCCAAUCUUACCGAGUAGAUGGUGUGUAUAAGCCUUCAACAUUGAAUGACAGCGAGGCACUUCAACUUUUCAGUUUGAAAGCUUUUGAUAGUGAGACAGCACCAAAUGAUGUUUUCAUUGAGCUUUCUGAACAUGUUGCAAAAUAUGCCAGUGGUCUCCCCUUAGCUCUUGAAGUGUUGGGUUCUUUUUUGUGUGGUAGAGACGUAGCUCAAUGGAGAAGUGCAAUCCAAAGACUUGAAAAGGAUUCUAACAAAGAAAUUAUUGACAGACUUCGAAUUAGCUUUGAUGGAUUGGAAGAAACGGAGAAGAACAUAUUUCUAGAUAUAGCAUGCUUCUUCAAUGGGGACGAGAAUGAUUUUGUAAUGAAAGUAUUGGAUGGCUGUGAGUUUUUCCCGGAUAUCGGAAUCGAUGUUCUCAUUAAGAAGUCUCUACUAACAGUUGACGAAAACAACAAAUUGUGGAUGCAUAACUUACUACAAGAAAUGGGAAGAAAAAUUGUUCGGGAAAAAUCUAUUGAGGAGCCUGGAAAACGUUGUAGAUUGUGGGAGGAAAAGGAUGUAUAUCAUGUGCUAACGAAGAACACUGCUACGGAAGCGAUUCAAGGCAUGAUCAUUGACAAUAAAAGGAUAUCCAACAAGAUGCUCAAUUUGAAUGUUAAUGCUGUCUCAAAGAUGAAAAAAUUGAGAUUGCUCAAAGUCCUUUGCCUCUCAAAUUGUGAUGAACUCAAAUAUCUUCCUAAUGAGUUACGGCUCUUAGAUUGGAUGGGAUAUCCUUUAAGAUUCUUACCUCCAAGCUUCCAACCAGACAACCUGGUUGCACUUCUGCUACCACACAGUCACAUUGAACAACUAUGGAAGGGAAAUAUACAAGUUGCAUAUUUAAGAAAAAGUUUUGAUGCUGUUAUACCUGGAGGUGAAAUACCAAAAUGGUUCAGGCAUCAAACAGUUGACUCUUCAAUCAAGAUACCACUGCCUAACAAUAUUCAGAAUGAUAGUCAAUGGAUCGGAGUUGCUUUCUGCUGCAUUUUUGUCAACGAUGAUGCUUCAAGGAAUGAGGAACUCACAUAUGAUGCUGUUAUCCAUCAUAGGAAUUCUGGACAAGCUGAUUCUGAUGGAUCUGGUUUUCGGGAUAGAAAUCCUCGACGUGUCUCAGGGGAUGGCUGGAUUUUUUCUAAAGAAUAUAACCAGCCCAUAAUAAAGGACCACCUUUAUUGUUGCUUUUUGUUCCGUGACAGAUUAUAUCCAUUUUCCUUGGAGGAUAAAUGUGGUGAAAGUGAAACUGAGAAUUCAUCAACAUGUGUAAAGGUGAAGAAAUGUGGGCUUCGAAUAGUUUAUCAGAAAGAUUUGGAAGAUAUCAAUGAAGAUUCCGCCGCAGAUGGAUCAAUAGCUGAAGGUCCCCUUAUAAAGCGAAGACAUAAUGUUUAUGAAGAGAUUGAGGCCGAGCCACAACCAAAAAGGAUACACAAGUUUUUCAAUUUAUGAUGGGCCGACCGGGGAAGAAGGAUUAGUUACUAUUUGAUUUUAUUAAAGACUCACCGGCUGAAGAUGAGGACAACACAUUAAAGACUCCCUCUGAGAAAAGAAAAAUGGAGAAGCAGAGGAAGACUGAACGAGCUAAGAAAGUACAUCAGCUUGAUUUGAUUAUUUUUGGUAAUAUCUCUUUGAAGAUUUCAUUCUAAUGUGGCUUACUAUUUGAGGUGGCAGAGGUUGAAAAUUCGGAUCUUCGAAAGGCACUACUCAGAGCCCUGGAAGAGCUAUUUGAU